AUGCCGCGCCGGGGGCUCGUGGCUGGGCCCGACUUCGAGUAUUUCAAGCGUCGCUUUUUUACGCCGGCGGAAGUGGCCGCACACAACCAGGCCGAGGACCUCUGGGUGUCGUACCUGGGGUACGUGUACGACCUGACCCCGCUGGCGCAGGAGUACAAGGGAAACCUGCUGCUGAAACCCAUCGUGGAGGUCGCGGGCCAGGACAUCAGCCACUGGUUUGAUCCGAAGACCAAGGACAUCCGCAAGCACAUCGACCCCCUGACAGGCUGCCUGCGGUACCGCACCCCGCGGGGCCGCUUCGUGCACGUGCCGCCCCAGCUGCCCCGCUCCGACUGGGCCAACGACUUCGGGAAGCCCUGGUGGCAGGGGUCGCAGUACGAGGUGGGACGACUGUCCCCCAAGACCCGGAACAUCCGCAUCAUCAACACGCUCACGUCCCAGGAGCACACGCUGGAGGUAGGGGCGCUGGAGUCCAUGUGGGAAAUCCUCCACCGCUACCUCCCCUACAACGUGCACGCGGCCAGCUACACGUGGAAGUACGAAGGCAAGAACCUCAACAUGAACGACACCCUGGAAGAGAACGGCAUCCGGGACGAGGAGGAGGAGUUUGACUUUCUUAGCAUGGAUGGCUCGCUGCACAUCCCCGCGAUUCUGCUCUAUUUCAACGAUGACCUCACAGAGCUGUAGGAGAGGAGCUGCCAGCUCCCGGAGAGUGGAGGCCACUUGGAGUCCGACCUGUCUGUGCCCUGAGGAAAAGAGGGGGAGGGGAGUGCUGGGCCA